UUAGUCUCUAGUAAUUAGUAAUUUUUUUGGCGAUCAUGACCAAAGUACUGAUAGUCUGAUAGUGUUCACCGUUCGAUUCGAUUUCGGAUUUACUUGAUUUGCCAUUUUCUCAUGAACUCAGUUAUUUAGAAAAGAGUAAAUGCUUGAAAAGUUGAAAUUUUCACGAAGCGGUGAAAUAAUUAUUAUACGUACACAUAUUUUAUUCUUGAAGUUUGUUUACAGUUUUCUUAUUUUUUUCAAUUCCAUAAGUGAUAACUUUAAGCAGUUUGAUUGAAACAAAAAUGCGGAUUUGGCGAUUCUGAAAUUUUGCUCGGCAAUUUUUUUGCAAAAUGUUCAGCUAUUUAAAAUGUGGUUCUUAUAUUGCCUUACGUGGUUGUCUUUCUUAAUUCAGAUAUGUUUUGGAACUAUAUCUAUAGUUUCAGGGUUGUAUUAUUUAGCUGAGUUAGUUGAAGAAUAUACUGUUAUUGCGAAGAAAGUUAUAACAUGGAUUACAGUUUUCGUCUUCUUGUGUUUCUGCGGACUUUGGCUAUUCGAAGAACUUCCGCUGACCAUGUCAAUAUGCGGAAUAAUCGGACAGAUGAUGUAUUUUCUAAUCCUUAGAACGUUCCCUUAUGUUUCAUUGAAAUCUCCUUCUUUCGUGCUGUCUAUUAUAGUAUUAAUAGUCAACCAUUACUUCGCAUUUCAUUAUUUUGGAACUGAAUUUCAUUCUUUUUCCGAGGUGAUAGCAUAUUUCACCAUUUGCGUAUGGAUGGUGCCAUUUGUUCUUUUCAUUUCUUUGUCUGCCAACGAUCACGUUUUACCAACUACGGUGAAUUCAUCCAGUUCGUUACUAGAUGACAGCGACGUCGUUACAAAAUAUUUUUCCAAGAAAAACAAAAAGUACGGUUUAUUACCACUUUUUCAUUACUUGAAAGAUUCUGUUCUACCUGAGAGGAAUAAGAAAGUAUUCUAAUUUUUUUUGAUAUCAUUUGUGAAUAUUUUUACUAAACUAUUUAAUCAUGUGAAUUUAAGAUCUUCUGUUAUGCGUUAAUAAUAUACUUUUCGUGUUCGGUUUCACAGAA